CAAAAUCUGUAGUGCAUUUAGUAAACAAAGUUGAUGAGGACUCGAGUCACUCCUGCAGGAUGUUCCUCUCAGACCUGCGGGAGGAGUUUUAUGAUGUGAUUAAAGGGAAGCGUAUCCUGUUGCUUGUGCAUUUUGACAUCGACGGCAUAUGUGCAAGUAAAAUUCUACAGGCGCUCUUCCGGACCGAUCACAUAUUGUACACGGUUGUUCCUAUUCAGACACGGACUGAUCUCCUCAACGCUUUCCAACAACAUGCAGAACAGGUAAAACAUGUAGUGCUAAUAAACUGUGGAGGCUGUAUUGACCUGGUGGACUUCCUGCAGCCUCCAGAGGAUCUCACCUUCUUUGUGGCCGACAACCAUAGGCCCCUUGAUAUAUGUAACAUUUAUAAUGGGCAACAGAUUCGGAUCUUGACAAAACUUGGAGAUGAUGAGGAAGUGCCAGCUUUUGAUGAUGUGUUUCGUGAAAAUGAAAGUGAAGAUGAGGAGGAGAGCGACGAAGAUGGGGGUAAACGGCCGCGCUUUGAUGAGGAGGCCCUAGAGAAGCGGCGAGCAAGACGUCAGUGGGAGCAGCAGCGACACAAAAUUGUCUUUGACUACACACAGUUCUCCUAUUAUGGAAGUUCAACGGCAGCGUUGUUGUUUGAUCUGGCAUGGAAGUUAUCAAAAGACUCUAAUGAACUAUUAUGCUUAUAUGCAGAGGCUCAUGAACCAACACUCAAGUGCCUGUAUGUCUUCAGUGGCUGGAGAAUUGGUGAGAGUACAAGAAGUGAACCACUGCCCAAAUGGAUAUUAUAUUUUCAAAAGAGUAUUAAUGUUUUCCAGAGAUGUAACUUUUCCUUAAUUCAGAAUAGAUUGCAACUUGCACUAUACCGCCACUGGAGUUUGGUGGAGAGUAUGCGUCACUCUCUCUACUCAACCACCACCCUCAGACUAUGGACACUCAAGGGGGAAAAGAGACUAUAUGAACUGUUGGCUGAAAUGGGACUGCCUCUUGUACAGUGUAGGCAAAAAUAUUGUGGCAUGGACAUUUCCCUACGUAACGAGCUCCAAUCUUUACUAGAGUCUAAAGCAGAAAAAUAUGGCCUGGACAACCUGCUUUUUGCUUCUUUUUCCACUUCUCAAGGAUUUCGGAGCAAGUUCAGCGCCAUGGAUUAUGUGUAUGCCACAUUGGCUCUUUUGGAAACUACGGAUAAAGAAAAGACACCGACUGAUGCCUUUUUGGACGUCACAGAUGGUCUCACUAUAUCUAAGCUGGUUGUUAUGGAGAAAGGUUUAGAGUGCAGUAAACAGCAAUUAGAAGCCAUUUAUAGGCAAAUGCAGACCUUCCUAGACAUGAAUCAAGUUAUAUCAGCUGGUCCAUUCCUGUAUGCAACUGUUAUUGAGGGUACCCCAGAUGCAAGAUUCUUCGCAGCACCCCAUUGUCUCUCCCUCCUGGCUCGCUUCACACUGAGAGCUCAUGUUGCAGUUUCCCGUAGCAAGAAGUCUCGCUCACUACCCCUCAUCAUAACCACACCUGAUGUCAGAUCACCUGAACCCAACACUUGUCUUGUUUGUGGUAUUCCUCCAACUUCUGAAGAGUCUCCAAGAAAUUUCUUUGGUAAAGCUUUUGAACAAGCAGCCAACAAGACUGGGUCAAAAGCAGAAUUAGAAUUCUUUGACACAAAUAUUAUCCGGCUGAGUGUGGAUGAUCGCAGCAAGUUCUUCGACGCUCUUAUAUCUUUACUUAGUUAGUUAUCAGUCUCACGCACUAUCUGCUGGGGGCCGGUUUAGUAUUUUUUAUGGGGAUGGUUAUGACCAAACUUUUAUUGCCAAAUAAACAAGAUAUAUCCUUA